CCCCCGGCUGGCUCUCAGCGUGGGGGAGGGAGGCCAGGAGGCGUCUGGAACGUGCCACUCUCGGAGAGAAAGGGGGGAUUUUCGCGUGGCGCUGGCUUUUCUACACCUCCCACCCGCCGACCAAUCCGUUAGCUCCCCCCUUCCCCUGCCGCGGUACGAAGCCCUGUGCCGUGGCCUCGCUCCCUACCGGCAGCGCGGACCGGCCCCUCGAACCCCGCUCUGGACUGAGCGGUUCCCUCAACAGCCGGAGCGGGGCGCUGCGCCGCGCGGCGAGGCCGGAAAUUCCCGCGGCCUGAGUGGUGGAGCCCUAGUGGGGAGCGCGGCACCACCUUCCUCCUCCCGGGCGGGCGGGGGCGUUAGGCCCAGCGAGGGCCGGGCCGCCUGAGUGGGUGGGGUGGGGGCCGCUGCGUCCGCCAGGAGCGGCCCAGCAGGCGGCGGACGGGGAGCGCGGACAAUUCUGCGGCGGCUCACCCGCCGCCCCGCCGGCUGAGACCCUCGCGCCCCUGCUCCCGGGGCCCCCGCCCCUUCACCGUCUCCGCCUCCUUCCUCACACACCCCCGGGCCGCCCGGGCCCCAAGCCUUCCCGGCGCUCCUCCCCCUUCUCCUCACACUCGCUCUCUGGCCGGGGUCCUCCUGCCGCCCGCCGGCCUGCUCCCUUCGGGGCAAGUCCUGCUUCUUAGGCUCUCCUUUCACACACGCGCUUGCUUGCUGGGCCGUCCCCUCCUCUCCGGCCCUCCUCCUCCUGGUCCUUGCUAAGGCUGCCGUCGGGGAGGAUUGAUGUCCCUUCAGCAUCAUGCAGCCGCCGCCGAGGAAGGUGAAAGUUACCCAAGAACUGAAAAACAUUCAAGUUGAGCAGAUGACAAAACUUCAAGCCAAACAUCAAGCAGAAUGUGAUUUGCUUGAAGAUAUGAGGACAUUCAGUCAGAAGAAGGCUGCUAUUGAAAGAGAGUAUGCACAGGGUAUCCAGAAGUUGGCUAGUCAAUACCUGAAGAGAGAUUGGCCUGGAGUAAAAGCUGAUGAUCGGAAUGAUUACAGGAGCAUGUAUCCCGUUUGGAAAUCUUUUCUCGAGGGAACAAUGCAAGUAGCCCAGUCUCGGAUGAAUAUAUGUGAAAACUAUAAAAACUUCAUUUCUGAGCCUGCAAGGACAGUGAGAAGCUUAAAAGAACAGCAACUAAAAAGGUGUGUGGACCAGUUGACAAAGAUCCAAACUGAAUUACAAGAGACAGUGAAAGAUUUAGCUAAAGGCAAAAAGAAAUACUUUGAGACUGAACAGAUGGCUCAUGCAGUGCGAGAGAAAGCUGACAUCGAGGCAAAAUCUAAACUUAGUCUUUUUCAAUCAAGAAUCAGUUUACAGAAGGCAAGUGUAAAGUUAAAAGCCCGGCGAUCUGAGUGUAAUUCCAAAGCUACCCACGCAAGGAAUGAUUAUCUUCUUACCCUAGCGGCAGCAAAUGCACAUCAGGAUCGCUACUAUCAAACAGAUUUAGUUAACAUUAUGAAGGCUCUUGAUGGAAAUGUGUAUGAUCAUCUCAAGGAUUAUUUAAUAGCCUUCAGCCGUACUGAGCUAGAAACAUGUCAAGCUGUGCAGAACACGUUCCAGUUUUUAUUAGAAAACUCCAGCAAGGUGGUACGGGACUACAAUCUUCAACUGUUUUUGCAAGAGAAUGCUGUAUUUCACAAACCCCAGCCCUUCCAGUUCCAGCCUUGUGACAGUGAUACUAGCCGACAAUUAGAAUCAGAAACUGGGACCACAGAGGAGCACAGUCUAAAUAAGGAAGCUCGAAAAUGGGCCACACGUGUGGCACGUGAGCAUAAAAACAUUGUUCAUCAACAACGGGUUCUAGAUGAUCUGGAGUGUCAUGGACCUGCUGUAUCAGAACAAAGCCGAGCAGAGCUGGAACAGAAAAUAGAUGAAGCUAGAGAAAAUAUUCGUAAAGCAGAGAUAAUUAAAUUGAAAGCUGAAGCCCGGCUGGACCUGCUAAAGCAGAUCGGUGUUUCUGUGGACACAUGGCUAAAGAGUGCCAUGAGCCAAGUAAUGGAAGAACUGGAAAAUGAGCGAUGGGCCCGCCCUCCUGCAGUGACCAGUAAUGGCACUUUACACUCGCUUAAUGCAGAUACCGAAAGAGAAGAAGGAGAAGAGUUUGAAGAUAACUUGGAUGUUUUUGAUGACAGCAGUUCCAGCCCUUCUGGCACCUUAAGAAAUUAUCCACUCACCUGCAAAGUUGUUUAUUCCUACAAGGCUUCUCAACCAGAUGAGUUGACCAUUGAGGAACAUGAGGUGUUAGAAGUGAUUGAAGAUGGAGAUAUGGAAGACUGGGUAAAGGCUCGAAAUAAAGUUGGCCAAGUGGGUUAUGUGCCAGAAAAGUACCUACAGUUUCCCACCUCAAACAGCCUCCUGAGCAUGCUGCAGUCCCUGGCCACUUUGGACAGUCGGUCACACACGUCCAGCAAUUCCACGGAAGCAGAACUCGUUUCAGGCAGCCUCAACGGAGAUGCCAGUGUCUGUUUUGUGAAAGCACUUUAUGAUUAUGAGGGCCAGACAGAUGAUGAGUUAUCUUUUCCUGAGGGAGCAAUAAUCCGUAUCUUGAACAAAGAAAACCAAGACGACGAUGGCUUCUGGGAAGGGGAAUUCAAUGGGCGUAUUGGAGUUUUCCCAUCCGUGCUAGUGGAAGAACUUUCAGCCUCAGAAAAUGGUGAUACUCCAUGGAUGAGAGAGAUUCAGAUCUCUCCUUCCCCCAAGCCACACGCCUCCCUGCCUCCACUGCCAUUGUAUGACCAGCCUCCCAGCAGCCCCUACCCCAGCCCAGAUAAGAGGAGCUCCCUGUACUUUCCCCGGUCUCCUUCAGCAAACGAAAACAGCCUUCAUGCUGAGUCACCAGGAUUCUCUCAGGCAUCAAGGCAUACGCCUGAGACCUCACAUGGCAAACUGCGACCUGUCCGGGCAGCUCCCCCUCCACCUACGCAGAAUCACCGAAGGCCAGCAGAGAAGAUAGAAGAUGUGGAAAUCACACUGGUGUGAUGAUGGGCUUGCCCAUCCAUUACUGCUACAAUCAAGGCCAGGCUUGGAGUUUGGCCAGUCUUGUUUUUAGGCACCUUUGCAUGAUGAUGACUCUUGAACAGAGCAAAAACAAGGAUUAUUUGUGACUGGGUGGCCUGGUAGACUCCUCCCACGUUUUGAAUAUUUCGUGCCUUUUUUUGGUUGUCAUUUUCUAUGUCAUCUUUCCUACCAUAGCACAAAUCCUAGCGGACCCUAGGAGCAAAGAGGGGGGCAGCCCUCAUGCCUAACAGUGGUCUGUUUUUAUAUGAGACUCAAGACCAGGCCUCAUUCCAGGGCACAGUCCCUACGAUCAUGUGCACUCGUACAGUAUAUUACUGUGACUGCAAGGAUGUGGCAAAGAUUCUCAUCUUUCUUCAAGUGGGUUUUGCUCUGAGAAUUAAUCAGAUCAUGUUGGCUACAUAAGGAAACAGAAGGAGGGAUUUCAGGAGAGGCUGGCUCCUCCCCAAGGUUACUCCCCAGACUGAGAAAGUGAAACCUUAUUGGGAAAAAUUGGACUGCCCUGAAUUUAGCACCAAUUGCAUUAAUCCACAUCUCUUCCACCACUAACAGACUUAAAAUAACAGUGUCCUUUGUAUUAAUAUCUGUGCCAUUUAUUUAGAAUUAGCGGAGCUAAUAUGGAGGGGCUGAACUAAUAGCCACGUCUUGUCCAUCACAUAGACUAAUAGAAAGGAGGCUAUGGCUAAAGCAGAAAUGGAGCUUCCGGAUCUGAAAUUAGCCAAUAUAAUGUUCUUUUUUAUUUGGGUAUUUUUCAUCUUAAUUUUUACAGCAUAUAUAUACUCUUCUUACCAGUAUGCUUAGAAUCUGAAUGUCUAGAUAAGUUGAGGACACAUACCGGCAUUGUUGAGCUUCUCUACUGGAGAGGCCCCUGGCAUUAUUUUAUUCCCAACCCAGCAGCCAGCAGACCGGCCCAGACAGCCACGCUGUGGCUAGUCCAGACCAACUGCUACGGUGAAAAAUGGAGCUUCCAGGUCCCACUACCCUGACAUUUCCUUGGAAGGAAGAACCUGGGGGCCCAUGGAGGAAACCAGCUUCCUGUGAGAAAGGACUGAAGGAUUACACACCCUGCACAAGUACAGAUUGACCAGGAAAAGACAAGUGUCUUCUGUGUGUCACAGGGAAAACCAGGAGUGGCCUUCUUUGCAGGCCAGCAAGCCUACAACAGCAGGUGCCCCCGAGUCAGGUACUGACUCUCCGCUGUCUGCUGCUGUAGAAGGUAGGGAGCGCAAUACCUGGGGACUACGGGAUGUUUGCUGGUUGUGGUUUUGUUUUUUGUUUUCUAGGUUAAGAAAUCAAAUUUGCAGAAUUUAAUCUAAAAGUUGCAUUAUGCUUUGAAAACUCCAUCCCUCCUAAGAAUCUUAAAAAACUUGAAAUGCUCACCAAAUGUCCCCAUGGGAUUUUUGACCAAAAGUAAGGUCAUAACUGAAGAAAUUUUUAGUUCUUUGAUCACUUCAGUGACAAUACCCAUUGAUGAAUCUUCUUCAUGAUUUGGGGGUUUUUGUUGUUGUUGUUGUUUUUUACACUUCUUAACCUGUUGAUCUAUUUGAGGUCUUUUGUGUUUAUCAAACUUAUUCUUAAGUUUAAAAAAGAAAUUAAAAGGGUGGUUUUUUAAGAUUUUAAAGUUUGCUAACAUAUUAAAAAAUCUUCAAAUGCUUAUUAAAUAGAGCAGUUCUUGCCACCCAGUCUUGUAUUCUCUCUUUAGCUAGCCAAAUUGUCCUUGAAUUUGGGUUUUCCACAACCUCAGACGGUUAUUUGAAAUCUUUUGUUGUAUUUUAAAAUAUUUUUUGGAAGAGCUGCUAAUUUUAUUUUAAAAAACAAAGUUGUGAAAAUAUGCCUCCUUUUUAAAAAAUAACCCCUCCAUCCAGGACAUGGAAUCCAGCACCACAGUGCACAGGUCAGGGCUCGGAGGGAGCCUCUGUGCAGAUGUGCUUUCUUUACAGUGGCUGUAAAAAGUUUGUAUUUAUUAUGUAUAAAAUGUUGAGUAAUUAAAAAAAAUGGAAUUAUG